CGACAUUCCAAUCUCCCGUGUUACAAACAACGUUUUUUUUCUCUUUCUUUAUCGCGUCUAGUCUUCAGCCUCAUGUCAUCAUCCCUUUUCAAACCUGCAACUUACUGGGGCUUUGGGCGACGAACACACGUCAAAUCUCCACGACUUACGGGAAGAAGCAAGAGAUUUCACGCGCAUAUUCGAGAUUCAAGCACUCUGCCACUCCCACCGAAUGCAGCGAUGGCAUGCUGGACGGUCUCGACUUCCACGGGCAAGCAGGACUGGAGUUCACUCCAGGCUCUCAGCUCGAACUGCGCCCAUCAUCUCAAGAAAUGCGCCGAGCACGGAGGUGACCUGAAUGUACACACGGUCAUUGUGCAUGGGUCAUGGGACAGACCGACCGUCCGUCCGCAGGACUCUGACGGAUCUUGGAUCCUGGUCAACAAAAGCGACGACCAUACCGUGCGGCCAGAAACACUGGCGCAAGCCAUGGAGCAAGACGUACCAGAAGCCAUCAGCGAGCUAAAGGCAUUACUGGAGAAGCUCCCAGGACUCCAGAACCUCAUCUGGGCAACCGAGCUUCCCUUCUCCCCCAACCUAUGGCCCGCCAUCCCAACCACCAUCCAAGACCUCAACAUCGACCUCAAACUCCCCGCCAGCGAAGACGGCACACCCCGCUUCUUCAACCCGCACGACCUCAAGCCCCUCCGCAACUACCGCAACCUCCACCGUCUCGCGAUCCGCGGCAUGAGCGAGUCCUACCAGGGCAUCAUAUGGGAGACCGUCUGGCUGAACCCUAACAUGCACCGUCUGGAACUGCGUAUGGCAUCCCCACCCAUCAUACGCGACGGCACAGCCUGGCCCGAGAUCAAAGACGACUGGACCGUGAAGCCCGCCACCACCACCACUACUACAGCAGAAGACAUCCCCCCCUAUCACGGCCACGAGGGCCGCGGCAUCCUACACCACCACUUCGGCCACGGCGAGUACCUCGACGACAUGGUCAUCCGCAAGACGCGUAUCGCAGCCGGCAGAGCAGGCGACGGCUCCGCGCUGCCCCUCCGCGAACUCUACCUCGAGGGCUUCGUCGUCGACAAGACGCCGUUUCGCGUCAACUUUGAUGGUUUGAGGAAGCUUGAGUUCGGACCUAGGUGCUUUGACGCGGGACUGCAAUUGCCGGACGGCCUUGUCUCGCUGGUCGACAUCCGCGUGUUGUCCGGUGUGGACGGGGAUAUUGGACAGGUCCUGAGUACGCAGCGGGGACAUGCCCAGGCUUUCGAGAAUGCAACAAGGGCAGUCUCCGAGGAUGCUAGCUUUGUGAACAACAACAUCAACAACCUACCCACCACCCUUCACCCCACUCCGACGACCCUAAAGUACAGCCGCGCACACACAGACCGACAAUCCAUCAGCACACACCCUGGCCCACCACCACCUCCUCCUCCUCCUUCUACCUCUCCAACGACCCCAGCACUGCCAAUAACACCAGACGAGUCCAGCAAGCUCAAGCCCACCACCACCCUCCUCCUCGCGGAAUACCAGGCCCGCAUGCGGCUGCAUCAUACGACCAGCUGGCCGCUUGCGAGCGCGGGUGUGGAGAACAAGACGAUGACGACGACGAAGUUGGAGGUCGGGGCUGAGAAAGGGGUUUGUGACGCGCUUGCAGAGCUUGAGUUGCCGCCUGCUGAGGAGGAAGAUGAUGGAGGGGAGGGGGAAGGAGAGGGAGAAGGGGGAGGGGAAGGAGAAGGAGGAGGGGAAGGAGAAGGAGAAGGGGAAGGAGAAGGAGAAGGGGAAGGAGAAGGCCACGAGUCGAAAGUAUUCCUCUAA